UUAUAAAAAUAUAUUGUUUUUUAUUUGUGAUUAACUUAUAAAUCAGUAACUGAAAUAAGUUCCAUCCAGGGAUUUGGCCGGUCUUCUUGCAUUAUUUCAAUUGAAAGAUGAAUGAGAUUGAUGAGAUCUCUUCAAAUAUUAAUCAGACAAUUUCAAUUUGUAACGAAGGAGAACAGAAUGAAUAUAUUCUUAAAACCAUGUUAGAAUUGUACUAUCAAGGUAAAGGCGAUGGGACUAUUUAUAAUAUGGCAAAAAUAGCUUAUCGUAUUCAGAUAAAAGAUAGUGAUUUGGUGUCUCAAGUUUUAACACUCAUCUAUAAGAAGGAUGGUCAUUUUUCGGCUCUCUUUGGUCACACUUUCAUUGACCUUAAUUUUACUUAUCCCUGGUGGACUUGGCGGAGACAUGAUGAAGAAUUAAAACACGGAGAACCAAUUCAUUAUUUUAUACAGCACGCUAAUAAAGCACAUUUAACUUUUGAUGGAGUUCGAUUCAUUGAUCUAAAUAUGCAUUUUCCCAUCAAUCAACCGCCAUUCGUAUUCUGUUAUCUAUUUUUAAAGCCAAAGAUGUUACUUCUGUUGUGUCGUCAUGGCGUAUCUAUCGAAAAUAAGUUGAAAUCAUGGUCAUGCGAAAGCCUUUUAUCUGUAUGGAUUCCAAUCGUAUUUGAAAAACAAGACAAAAUCUUAAAUGCCAACAAGAAGGAAGGUAAUGACAACAUCCUACAAAAUGUAAUUUCAUGCGUGAGAAUUCUAUUGAGAUGUGUUAGUUGUUUGAGAAAAGAAUUAUCUUUUAACGACCAGAUUCACAAGUUGAGUCAUUGGUUGCCUACAUUGGUUAACAGGCUUUGUCAACCCGCAGAAUUGCGACACUUGUGUCGAUGUGCCAUUCGAUCUAGACUCAGAAACAAUUGGUUUCUUCCACAUGGUAUCAAGAAGUUGCCUCUUCCAACUCUUCUUCAAAAUUAUAUUGAUCUUCUAGAAGAUUGAAAAAGAAUUAAUUUGACUAAAAUUUCAUUGAUGAUUUUAAAAAUCAUAUAUUCAUCAAAGGAAAUAUUUUUUAAAAAUUAUAAAAUCUAUAGAACUAGUAAUAAAUCUUAAUUACGUACUUGAAAUUAAAUUAUAAUAAACAUAAUUCAUAAUAAUUAAUGUAACAUACACGUAAUUGAUUUCGUUAAGAAAUGAAUGAUACUCGUAGAAAAUAUAAAUUUGCA